AUGGCGAUUUUGUCCGUACGGUCCCUGCUCUGGGCUUUCGCCUUGUUUAAUGCCCAGCCCACCACAGCCAUCCAAUCAGGGGAUGCUGAUGCGUUGUUCACUUCAUGGAACAACGCGCUUCUGAUUCGAUCUGGGGGUGAUGUAUAUUAUAGGGCGGCACUGAAUGAUAACAGUUUUGAUGAUACUUGGACAGGAAGCUUGGAUAUCCUUGUCGCAGAAGAUGCUUAUGAACGCACUGGCGACCCCAAUCUGAGAGGCCUCGUCUACGACCUACUCAACACCUGGCUGGCAAAGGUCCCGCCGCCAUGGACGUGGGAUUGGUGGAACGAUGACAUCGGAUGGUUUACUUUGGCUCUCAUACGCGGUCAUCUCAUCACCGGCUACGCCAACUUCCUGACCAAUGCCAAGUAUGGCUUCGACCUUGCCUACUCGCGCGGCUGGGAUACCCAAUACAAUGGAGGCGGCAUCUGGGAGCAGAAUCCCGAGGGCAACCCCAAAGAGCUCCUAAAGGAGGCUCUGGCCAACGACAGUCUAGGAAAAGUAGCCUGUCUCAUCUACCAAGCUACCCACGAUCAGGCGUAUCUGUCCAAAUGCCUCCAGAUAUUUGACUGGGUUCAAAGCCACAUCUACGACGUCGGGACCGGGCAAAUUUAUAGGGGCAUUCGUCCGGACAACACAUUAGAUAAGGCGUCAGCGGCGUAUAACCAGGGCACAUUUCUUGACUUCGCUGCCAUCGUCUAUGAGUGUACAGGCGAUGACAGCGUCAAGGCCAUCGCGCAGAAAGCCAUCGACUAUGCAAAGAACCAUUUGACCUCCAACGGAAUAUUCAGCAACCCCGACCCAAACCUCAACACCUGGGCCGACGAGGUUGCACGGGGGGCGGGACGAUUUGUUCAAAACCAUCAGCUAUGGGACAAGUACUACCCCUGGUUUAUGCAGAACGCGGAUGCCAUCAUGAAGAACCGGCGGCCUGACAUCGGCCUCACGGCCAACGCCUGGGACCAAGCCACUGCAGUGAAUAACUCAUAUGUUGCCAACAAAUUUGCCAGUGCGGUUGCCUGGCUCCAAUACACACCAUCCACCAUGCCAUCAGAGAUUGGAGGUCUGCAUUACAUUGCAAAUCAAAAGACGGGCCUGCUGAUCGAUAACGGGAACACUGGGGCCACCGAGGGUGCUACGGUCAAGCAAUGGGGCUACAACGGCAACCAGAACCAGCGAUGGCAGUUCUCACAGAACUCAGAUGGUACCUGGAACAUCCUCAGCAUGACAAGCUUCAAGGCCAUUGACUGUCCCAACGGACAAGCUGAUGACAACCUUGCCAUGGUCCAAUGGUCGCGUAACCGAGACCAGAACCAGCGCUGGGUCAUGGAGAAGCAGACGGAUGGUAGCUACUUGAUCCAGAAUGCAGCCAGUGGAAAAUACCUAGAUGGAGCCUCCAACUCAACUAAUGGUGCUACCUUGAUUCAGUGGAGCAGGAACGGACAGUCGCAGCAGCGCUGGGUUUUGCGAACCGUUUAG